UAGAUAGAUAGAUAGAUAGAGAGAGAGAGAGAGCAAGCCCGGGAUGGAGCAGCCAGCCUUCCGUCCAGUAGCUACCCGCCAACCACUACCUCCACCAGUUGCCGAAGGACACCGUGGCUGGCUGGCGGGCGGACUGGCAGAAGGUGCUGAGGUGGCGGCCGGUUCCGCUGUCCGGCCGCUCGCAGUUCACCCAGGACUAGGUGCAGUUCCCAGGUCGCCUGCGAGCCCCAGGACUAGCAGCAGUUCCCAGGUCGCCUGCCCCGGGACUAGUAGAAAGAGGGAGGAAGAGAACGAGCCUGGGACGGAGCAGCCAGCCUUCCGCCCAGUAGCUAUCGCCAACCGCCACCGCCAACUGGUGGGCCGGCCGGAAGAAGGCGCUGAGGUGGCGGCCAGUUCCACUGUCCAGUCCCGCCGGUCGCUCGCAGCCAUCCAAGCUAAUCCCUCCCUGGGCCAGACUCACCACACGCUGUGAAAGGAACUCUCUCCCCCCCCCAGCGGAGUUGUCCUUUUACAGCCGCUUCCCAUUCUACAGUCACUUCCCAUCAGCUGCCAGCAAUGAGGGAUAGAUUUGGCUAUCCCUCAGUACAGCAACAUCGUUCUUGAUGUUGCUGUACUGAGAGAUAGCCAAGUCUAUCUUUCUUGGCUAACAACCUAACCUUUGGCCUCCAAGAUGCAGAGCCAUGAUGUUUUGCAGUGGCGUUGGAUCAGAGUAAUGCAAAUUUCCGAAGAUUUUUGCUGAUUUGAAAUAUUGCGCACGUGGUUUCAUUUCCUGGACGAUACAUAUCUGCGUUUCAGAUUUGAAUCUCAGGCAACACUUGCAAAGAAGAUGGCAGAAGCCAGACUGACAUUUUAUAACUUGACAACAGAACUCCUCAAUGGUGAAAUCUUCAAUUUCUCCGAUCUCAAAGGAAAGGUGGUGUUAAUUGAAAAUGUUGCAUCCCUAUGAGGGACAACUACCAGGGAUUACCAGCAGAUGAAUGAGCUCCAGAGCCGCUAUGGCAGCCAGGGGUUUGUGGUUCUGGGUUUUCCCUGCAAUCAGUUUGGCUACCAGGAAAAUAUCUACAAUGAGGAGAUUCUUAAUUCUUUGAAAUAUGUCCGUCCAGGCAAUGGCUUUGAGCCAAAUUUUUCUAUAUCUAAAAAGAUGGAGGUCAAUGGAGAAGAUGAAAAUUCAAUCUUUACUUUUCUGAAACAAAGGUUGCCUGAAGCCCAUGAUGAUCCUAAAACCUUAAUGAUGGACCCCAAGUUCAUAAUCUGGAGGCCAGUCCAUCGAAGCGAUAUAGGCUGGAAUUUUGAGAAAUUCCUUAUUGGACGAGAUGGUGAGCCAUUCAGGCGAUACAGCAAGAAUUUUCUCACUAUUGACGUUGAAGAAGACAUCAGAGCUCUUUUACAAAGUAAUGAAAGACAAUCUGAUAAAACCAUUGAAGAAGAAAUUGAAGUUGAGUAACGUUUACAGUAGUUUUCAAUGUUGAGCAUGUUAUGCUUUGUAUAAAGAUUAGCCACAGGUAUGUAAAUGUAAAAUGCAAUAAUCACCAUCUUUAUGGAUAGUUACAUUUACUGGAUUAUAGCGCUAAUCCAAUUGGUCUGUUUGCUCUGUUUAGAUUCUUUUUGUAAAUGUUAAAUGCAUAAAACGUUUCCUCGGUGAGAUCCUGAUUUCUCUGCUAAAUGAGCCAAUCCAGUUUCAGAUGUUAGACAUUUUACUAUAUGAUGGUGCUUUUUCAAAGGUCUGCUGAAAAGUACUUAAUGUAGCCUGUAAAAGUCUAACUGGAUAUUGAAGGCAACUUGUAAAGGAGAAUCUUCCAUUAAAGAUGUUUUAAUGAAAACCCACGUCCCAUUUUCAGUUUUUUUUUAGGGACUUACACCUUGCAAAACAGGCAGGAGAUUUUUUUAUCCAGACCUGGAGAUAUUCCAUCAUGCUCCUGACUUGAAGAUAAUUGAAAGACAUGAGAGUAUCAGGUGGUUUGAUUUCUGCUGCAGCUUCAGAUCUGUUUUGUAGCCAUGUGGCCUAUAGCCAGUUAACCCCCACUGAGCAACUUCUCCAUUCCCAGGAUGUUGUCAGCGGGAUAAUUAGCAGUCAUAAUUCAAUUGAACACCAAGGCGAACGGGUUAGACUCCUAAACACAAAAUGCUGGAGUAAUUCAGCGGGGCAGGUAACAUCAACGGAGAGAAGGAAUGGGUGACGUUUCGGAUCGGGACUCUUCUUCAGACAGAGCCCAGAGUUCUCCGACUAGUUUCACUGUCCUGAUUAAUUUUACUGUUUGUAUGUCACCUUCCCCAUAGCUAACAAUGAAUCAUUCUACAUUUCCUUAUCAUCAUCUGCUUUGAUGUUGUUUUCACACCUUGCCCCUUCAUAUCACUAGACUUUGUCUCCCCUGACUCAGUCUGAAGGGUCUCAACCCAAAAUGUUAUCCAUUCCUUCUCUCCAGAGAUGCUGCUUGUCCCUCUGAGAUACUCCAGCAUUUUGUGUCUACCUUCAGUGUAAACCAGCAUCUGCAGUUCCUUCCUGCACAUGGUUAGAUGCAUGCCUUGUUAGAUGCAUAAAUGCUACUUGGCAUUUACAGAUCCAUGUCUGAAUGAUAUCCAGUUUUUGCUGUAUAUAUAUGGUUUAAUUUGCUGAGGAUUUUCAUGUGGAUUUGAUGUUAAGAGAUAUAACGGGGUAUCUGGUGGAAGUGGCAUUUUUAAGAAAGCUGAUAUUUGAGGACUGGUAUAAUUUAGUCUCAUUUUAUUCCACGUGAGUACCAGUUUAGUUUUUGGGUGAUACACGACAAAGUCAGUUUCACCUGAAUUUCAGAGAAAUACGGGUUUCUUUCCAAGCUUCAAUUUCUUUCCAAUGCUUCAUUCAAGCAAAAAAACAACAAACUAGAGUUAUGUAUUUAAACUGGCACACUUUUUCAUGGAUAGCAAAAUAGUAACAACAAUCAUCUUUCAUAUCCCAAACAUUCUUCAGUCAUCUCCUUUAGCAUGAGGUUGUGGAG